UGCUGUGAAAAUCCCAAGUGUGACCGCAGCCCGCAUUCGAUAUUGAUGAAGCCUGGCAAAACGUAGAAAAGCAAAAGAAAACCUUAAUUAAUGUUAAGUUAAAAGUGUAUAAACCUGAGAUUAAGUGCAAGGAUGUCGAAACGGAGCGCCGACGACGCCACCGGCAGCAGCUGCUUGGUGGCCGCUGCAGCCGCCGGCCAGCCGCCCAUCAAGAAGGUGCACUUCGAGCCCCAUCUAAUUGGGCCGGUGUCCACACUGGAGGAGAUGGACAUCAAGGUGCUCGAGUUUCAGAACAAGAAGCUCGCCCAGCGCAUCGAACAGCGGAUGCGAACGGAGGCGGAACUGCGACAUCGUAUCGAGCAGCUGGAAAAGCGGCAAACGCAGGACGACGCCGUACUAAACGUGGUCAAUAGGUAUUGGAAUCAGCUAAACGAGGACAUACGGGUCCUGUUGCAGCGCUUCGAUGCCGAGACGGCCGAUGAACUGGAGAACCGGAAUGAGAACGAGGUAACCACCUCGUUUCUCGCCCAGCUGUCCACCUGGGACAAGGAGGAGCUGGACGAGAAGCUGGCCAACCGCGUCCAAGUGUCCAAGAGGGCGGUGGCCAAGAUCGUACAGGUUAUUGAUAGGUUAAUGCAACGCAAUGAGAAGAUAACUCAUGUCUUGAAAGGUGAUAGUCUGGCUGGGUCCGGUUCCGGAUCGGGAGCUGGCGGCGAGGAGGAACAGCAGCAGUCCAGCGGCGAUGCGGAAACCACAACGCCAUCGGCCGGUGUCCAUGCGCUGGAGGAAACGCUGAAGCAAACGCACAUCGAGAUCAUGAGCGAGAAUCACAAGCUCCAGAAUCUGAAUACCUCGCUGCACGAGAAGUUCCACACCAUGUCGCUGAAGAUGAAGGAGUACCAGGACGCGCACACCGCCAAGGAGACGGAGAAUGCCGAACUGAAGAACCAGAUAGACGAACUGCAAUAUGACCUAGAGAAGAUCCAUUGCCGGAAUGAUAAGCUAGAGAACCACCUGGCCGAAGCCAUUGAGAAGCUGAAGGCCUACCACCAGAUAUACGGUGAUCCCAAUAAGAGCACCAAUAGUGCAAAGACACCCACUUCCACAGGCACCGGCGGCGCCACCACUAGCGUUAAUAGCCAGCUCUUGGAGGAGCUGCAAAAGGAGCUAGAGGAGUACCGCGAACUGGCCAACAACCGACUGCAGGAGCUGGAUAAGCUCCACGCCACGCAUCGCGAAACCCUCAAGGAGGUGGAGAAGCUGAAAAUGGAUAUACGACAGUUACCAGAAUCGGUAAUUGUGGAGACCACGGAGUACAAGUGCCUGCAGAGCCAGUUUUCCGUGCUCUACAACGAGUCCAUGCAGAUAAAGACCAUGUUGGACGAGACCCGAAACCAGCUGCAAACAAGCAAGAACCAGCAUCUGCGACAAAUCGAAGUAAUGGAGAGCGAGGAACUUAUCGCCCAGAAGAAGGUCCGCAGCGAGAUGAUCCAGAUGGAGGACGUUCUAGCCCUCAUCCGAAAGGAGUAUGAAGCGCUACGCAUUGAGUUCGAGCAGAACAUGGCAGCUAACGAGCAGACGGCACCCAUUAAUCGCGAGAUGCGCCACCUGAUCACCUCACUGCAAAACCACAAUGGCCAACUAAAGGGGGAGGUGCAGCGCUACAAGCGAAAGUACAAGGACACUUCCACGGACAACUUAAAGCUGCGUCAGGAGCUGGCCGAUGCUCUAGCUACACUCGAAGGCAACAAGUUGCAGGCGGCGAGUGGUGCGGCAGGCGAAGAAAUCAAACAGGAGAACUCCACAAGUGUCAAGGAGGAGAACUCCAACAACGUUUCCGCCAGUGGUCAAACAAACCAAACGAAUUCCGGCAACGACACCAACGUAGCCAUCAAGGAGGAAAACCAUAACUCUGCUGAAGACGAAGCUGAUGACGAUGGCAGUGGUAAGGACGUGAAGGACGGCAUCAAGCAGGAGAAGCUCACUUCUGGUGAUGCGGCGGCAGCUGAGAAGAAGGAUUCUCCUGGACCCGGAAACUCGACCACUUCUGCUACCAAUGCUGUUCCCGUCAAAAACGAAAAGGAUUCCAAGGAUGGUGUCAAGGCCAAGGAUGUCAAGGCAGUGGAAAGCGAAACGGUGCGGGAUCUGAAGGCGCAACUAAAAAAAGCGCUGAACGACCAGAAAGAAAUGAAACUCCUGCUGGAUAUGUACAAAGGCGUAUCGAAGGAUCAGCGCGACAAGGUCCAGCUGAUGGCCACCGAAAAGAAGCUGCGCUCCGAGAUCGAGGAGCUGCGCCAGCAGUUAAAGAAGCUGCAGGAAAGCAAGCGCGAGGAACGCAAGAAGCUGGCCGACGAGGAGGCGUUACGUAAGAUUAAGCAACUGGAGGAGCAGAAGUACGAGCUGCAAAAACAGAUGGCCAACCACAAGCCCACGGAUAAUUCUUGGGGCAGUGGAGCCCCUGGUACAGCGAACUACACGCGACCGUUUGUCGGCUCUCACGAAGAGGAGGCAUUGCUAAACGAGAUGGAGGUUACCGGUCAAGCGUUCGAGGACAUGCAGGAGCAGAACUCCCGGCUCAUACAACAGCUGCGUGAGAAGGACGACGCCAACUUUAAGCUAAUGUCGGAGCGCAUCAAGGCCAACCAGCUGCACAAACUGCUGAGAGAGGAAAAGACGGUGCUGGAGGAUCAAAUGACAACGGCGACCACGCAAAUCGAAGCCAUGCACAUUGUGCUGCGUAAGCUCGAAGAGAAGGAACGCAGCCUGCAGGCCACAGUCGCCUCCAUUGAGAAAGAGUUGAUGCUGCGGCAGCAAGCCAUGGAGAUGCACAAACGCAAGGCGAUUGAAUCGGCGCAGUCGGCUGCGGACCUCAAGCUGCAUCUCGAAAAGUAUCACGCGCAAAUGAAGGAGGCGCAGCAAGUGGUGGCGGAGAAGACCAGUUCGCUGGAGGCAGAGGCCUACAAGACCAAGCGGCUGCAGGAGGAGCUUGCGCAGUUUAAACGCAAGGCGGAGCGCAUGAAGAAGAUGGAGAUGUCGGGCACCACCAUCGACGAGGUGAUGAUUGAAGAGAUCCGAGAAUACAAAGAAACGCUCACGUGUCCCUCGUGCAAGGUGAAGCGGAAGGAUGCUGUUCUGUCAAAGUGUUUCCAUGUCUUCUGCUACGACUGCCUGCGCACACGGUAUGAAACGCGGCAGCGGAAGUGUCCCAAAUGCAACUGCGCCUUUGGCGCCAACGAUUAUCAUAGGCUAUAUCUGCAGUAGAUAAGCGAUAGACCCCGUAACGUUAAUUUAGAUACGUUCCGGUCAUGUCCUAUUCAUACACAAAACACACACCGCUCCCACACGCCCAAGCAGAGACAGUCACACACACACUCACACACACACACACAUUCAUGCCGGAUUAUUAUUCAUUAUGCAUAUAUUACCUACAUACUAAUAUUUGGUUAAGUAGUCUCCGAAUAACUUCCCCCAGAUUCCCCAUGGCAAUUAUUUGAAUUUGUUCAUUCUGGCGCCAAGCAAAUGCAUCUCAUUAUGAGUGCCGCGAGAUCGUGUCGCGGUUUUUAUGUAGCUUCUAGUUUUUGUAAAUCAAACUAUUUUUAAAUGAUUUAAUUUGAAAACUAAAUGUACGAACACUAAUAAAUGGCUAAAACCUA